AUGUUGGAACAGCUUCCUGGAGUUACGGACAAGGCAAUGGAGGAGUUGGGCGAUGCAGAGCAGCCACCUGUGACAAGUGUCCAGUUGAGUCCUGGAGACCCCGACUUCGAGGACUUCUCCUGCGAUGGCGACCAGGCCGCGUUCUUGACGCACUGCCAUGCCUUGACGGCUGGCAGGGAGAUCCCAAAGCACCAGGUGCUCCAGGAUGCUGCAAGCAUUCUCGACCUUGAGAUCGACUCUGGUGACCGAAGCAUCUACUCCUAUCCGGAGUUGCAUCAGAAGUUCCCGAAUGUCCGUCAACUGCUCUACAAAACGGUGGACUGCCGGCGCGUGAUCUAUGAUUUGAGGGGCUUCGGCAUGUGCAGGACCUUGAAAAGCCUCAAGCUUCAGCUGUCCUUCCAGACCAUGUGCGAGGAUGAGCCAUCCAAAUGUGGAGUCACAGCUCUCGAGCCUCUAGCCGGAACGCUGGAAGUGUUGGAGAUAGGUCGCUUGCGGUUCAACGUGGCCAGCGACUUGGAGGUUCUGAAGAGGUUCCACAAGCUCCGUGUGCUGAAAUAUCACGGGGUUAAUGAGGGAGGCCGAGAGCCAUCUGUGCUGGAUCUUCGUGGGCUCAGCUCCUUGCAGGACUUGGAGUUCACAGAAGCUUCAUUUACGGCUGAGACGGCUGCCGCAGAUGCCGAGGACGACUCUGAAGACGACAACCCAAUCAUGCGUAUGCUCCAUCCGAAGACAUUCAUGCAGGCGCUCGUUCUUCCAGAUCAUCUCCCUUGCGUCACCUUCAGGCACCAGUAUGGCUCGAGAAUAACCCCAGAGCUGCGCCAGCUCCUGCGCACUCACGGAUGCGAGUGCAAGGAGUAUGUGCCGAAAGAGAUGGUUGGAAGCGGCACGCUCAACAUGGUGGAUGGCUACCAGCCCGCAGACAGCGAGCAGAUCGAGGCCGAGGAGCGGGCGGAGAAAGCAAAGAGCCAGGCCGCAAAAAAGGAGCUUCGCCUUGCUCAGCAGCGGAGGCGCGCGGAGGCCUUCGAAAAACUGCCAGGUUUGACGCCUUCGACCGAUGGGAACUUCGAGUUGGGUGACGUGGUCUUCGCGUAUGACGGCCAGGACGUCUCGUUUACGAAGCUCUCGGUGAAGGAGAAGCCCGUCAGGAGUACCAGCUUGCUGCACCUGUAUCAUGAGAACACAAGUCGAUUCGUCCACCCGAGCUGCGUUUACCGCAAGGUGCCGGAACUAGGCCUUUGCAGCAGCAAGGAUGCUAAUGGAUGCGAGGUGUGGAAGCAGAAAAGGUCAAAACCACUGCGUGCAAGGCGGGCCGUCAAGCUCAAGCGCCCCCGCCACUACCCGCCGCUGUAG